CCCCCGUGUUGUUGUCCGGAGCGGAGAGAAGAUGGCGGCGGCGGUGGUGAGGGGCAUCGGGGGCGGGCUGGGCCGCGGCCUGCGGGAGCUCCGCAUCCACCUGUGCCAGCGCUCCGCCGGCAGCCGCGGCGUCAGAGACUUCAUCGAGCAGCACUACGUGACCCUGAAGAAGGCGAAUCCCGACUUCCCCAUCCUGAUCCGGGAGUGCUCCGGUGUGCAGCCUAAGCUCUGGGCUCGCUACGAGUUUGGCAAGGAGAAGAGCGUGCCGCUGAACAACCUCACCGUGGAUGAAGUGGCCAAGGCCUUAGAGAACAUUGUGAAAAGCAAGGCGUGAAGACAGACAGUAAAUACGCACAUGCCAAAGACUUGACUGAUGAUCUUUAAUGUAAAAACGUGUAUCUUUAACUUAUCCAUCUCAUAAAUGCAAAGUGCUUACCCUGA